AUGAUUAGGUGUGAGUGUGGACAAGGAAGAUUCUGUUUCUUUUUUUUUUUUUUAACAGGUGUUGGGGUCGAUGACAUGUUUAUCAUGAUUUCUGCCUGGCAUGAGACCAGCCUCGCAGAUGACAUACGACAGCGGAUGUCCAGUGUCUAUUCCAAAGUGGCAGUAUCCAUUACAAUCACCACCAUUACUAACAUCCUGGCCUUCUAUACAGGGGUUAUGAGCUCUUUUAGGUCCGUACAAUAUUUUUGCAUCUAUACAGGAACAAGCCUGUUAUUUUGCUAUUUUUAUUCCAUCACCUGUUUUGGAGCAUUUAUGGCCUUGGAUGGUAAAAGAGAAGUAGUCUGCUUACGCUGGUUGGAAAAGUCUGACCCAAAAUGGUCCUCAUUUAAAAAGUCCUGCUGUUUCCCCUUUGGUGCUGUUCCAGAUGAACAUGGAACUGAUAGCCAUCCAGUGACUUUGUUUUUUAGAGACUAUUUUGGCCCUUUGCUCACAAGCACUGAGUCCAAGUUUUUUGUAGUCUUUCUAUACAUUUUGUACCUCACAAGCAGUAUAUAUGGGUGUUUCCAAGUGGAGGAAGGUUUAGACCUUCGAAAUCUGGCAAGUGAUGAUUCCUACAUCACACCAUAUUUUAAUGUAGAGGAAGGUUAUUUUUCAGAUUAUGGCCCCAGGGUUAUGGUUAUUGUUACUAAAAAAGUUGACUACUGGGAUAAAGAUGUUAGGCAAAAACUGGAAAACUGUAUUAAAAAUUUUGAAAAAAAUUACUAUAUAGAUGGAAAUUUUACAGAGUUUUGGUUAAGUGCAUAUGUGCAAUAUUUAAAAGGUAAGAGCCAAGAUCCUAAUGAUAAGAAUACUUUUCUGAAUAAUAUUCCUGAUUUUUUUAGCAAUUUUCCAAAUUUUGAGUAUGAUGUUAAUAUUUCAUCAUCAAAUGAAAUCAUUUCUUCCCGGGGCUUCAUUCAGACAACGGAUGUUUUUUCCUCAAAGGAUAAGAAAAUAAUGUUAUUCCAAUUACGAAGCAUAGCUGAAGACUGUCAAAUUCCCCUAAUGGUGUAUAACCAGGCAUUUAUAUAUUUUGAUCAGUAUGCUGCAAUAGUAGAAAACACUGUUCGAAAUGUCAUGGUGGCAUCGGCAGCUAUGUUCAUUGUUUCCUUAUUGUUAAUUCCUCAUCCAAUGUGUUCCUUGUGGGUGACUUUUGCUAUUGGUUCUGUGAUUGUAGGAGUAACGGGUUUCAUGGCAUUCUGGAAAGUUAAUCUUGAUUCCAUAUCCAUGAUUAAUCUUGUCAUUUGUAUAGGGUUUUCUUUCGAUUUUUCUGCACACAUUUCCUAUGCAUUUGUUUCUAGUCCUCAGCCCUCAGUAAACCAAAAAUCAAUUGAGGCGUUAUAUCUUCUAGGCUACCCAGUGUUACAAAGUGCAGUUUCAACGAUAAUAGGGGUGUGCGUUUUAGCUACGGCAAAAGCAUACAUCUUCAGAACAUUUUUUAAGAUUAUGUUUCUUGUUAUGGUAUUUGGGGCUGCUCAUGGCCUAAUUUUUAUUCCAGUAUUCUUGACCUUUUUUUGAAGGUUUAUUUGAAUAUCCACUAACAAAUCAAAGACCAAUUCUAGAAUUCUUGAUUGCCCCAAUCCAAUCUGAUUUUUUUAA